AUGUCUGACGAAGUCUACGAAGGAGCCAUUGGCAUUGACCUUGGCACGACCUACUCUUGCGUUGCCAACUAUGAAGGCACCAAUGUCGAAAUCAUUGCCAACGAGCAGGGUAGCUACACUACCCCCUCCUUUGUCUCCUUUACCGACAAGGAGCGCCUGAUUGGUGAGGCCGCGAAGAACCAGGCCGCGAUGAACCCGCAGAACACCGUCUUUGAUAUCAAGCGCCUCAUUGGCCGGCGCUACGAAGACCCGAUCGUGAAGAAGGAUGUUGAGUCUUGGCCCUUCAAGGUCGUUGACCAGGGAGGUAACCCUGCUGUGGAAGUGGAAUACCUCGGCGAAAACAAGACCUUUACUCCCCAGGAAAUCUCGUCCAUGGUCCUUAUGAAGAUGAAGGAAGUUGCGGAGACGAAGCUCGGAAAGAAGGUGGAGAAGGCUGUUAUCACUGUGCCAGCUUACUUCAACGACAACCAGAGACAGGCUACCAAGGACGCUGGUGCCAUUUCUGGCCUGAAUGUUCUGCGGAUCAUCAACGAGCCGACAGCUGCAGCAAUUGCGUAUGGUCUUGGUUCCGGAAAGUCUGACAAGGAGCGUAAUGUGUUGAUUUAUGACCUGGGUGGUGGUACUUUCGAUGUGUCUUUGUUGAACAUCCAAGGUGGUGUUUUCACUGUCAAGGCUACUGCUGGUGACACCCACCUUGGUGGUCAGGACUUUGACACCAACCUCCUUGAGCACUUCAAGAAGGAAUUCCAGAGAAAGACCGGAAAGGACUUGUCUGGUGACUCUAGGGCCCUUCGUCGCCUGAGAACAGCUUGUGAACGUGCCAAGCGUACCCUGUCCAACGCAACCCAGACUACCGUUGAGAUCGACUCUCUUUUCGACGGUGAUGAUUUCAACACUUCCGUCACUCGUGCUCGUUUCGAGGAUCUCAACGCCAAGAGCUUUGCUGGUACUUUGGAUCCUGUUCAGCAGGUCCUUAAGGACUCUGGGCUUGAGAAGAGCCAGGUUGACGAGAUCGUUCUCGUCGGUGGUUCCACUCGUAUUCCCCGUAUUCAGAAGCUCCUCAGCGACUUCUUCGAUGGCAAGAAGCUUGAGAAGAGCAUCAACCCCGACGAAGCUGUUGCUUACGGUGCAGCUGUGCAGGCCGGUAUCCUCUCUGGAAAGGCCACUUCUGCUGAAACUCAGGACCUCCUGCUUCUUGAUGUUGUCCCUCUCUCACUUGGUGUUGCUAUGGAAGGUAACAUCUUCGCGCCCGUCGUUGCACGUGGCCAGACCGUUCCUACCAUUAAGAAGCGCACUUUCACCACCGUUGUUGACAACCAGACCACUGUCCAGUUCCCUGUUUUCCAGGGUGAGCGCACUAAUUGCGCGGACAACACUUCCCUUGGCGAGUUUACGCUGGCUCCAAUUCCCCCCAUGAGGGCCGGUGAGGCUGCGCUUGAGGUUGUCUUCGAGGUUGAUGUCAACGGUAUCUUGAAGGUUACCGCAACCGAGAAGUCUUCUGGACGUACUGCCAACAUUACUAUCUCGAACGCUGUCGGCAAACUCUCAACCACUGAGAUUGAGCAGAUGAUCGAUGAUGCCGCCAAGUUCAAGUCCAGCGAUGAAGCAUUCACGAAGAAGUUCGAAUCGCGCCAGCAGCUCGAGUCAUACAUUUCUCGUGUUGAAGAGCUUGUCUCGGACCCGUCCAUGUCCAUGAAGCUGAAGCGUGGCAACAAGGAAAAGAUUGAGUCCGCGCUCAGUGAUGCCAUGGCCCAGCUUGAGGUUGAGGACUCUACUCCCGAGGACCUCAAGAAGAAGGAGCUUGCUCUCAAGCGUCUCAUGACCAAGGCCAUGGCUACCAGGUAA